AUGAGGCCCCGAAGUACUCUAGGCGUCGCUAUCGCGCUCGUCGCCUUGGUCAUCGGUAGACAUAUCGACAGUCCCGUGAUUACCAGAACUUUCGGUAUCGACUCCUCGGACGCUCCUCCCCAAUUCAGCCCUCCAGAGUUCAAUGCUCCGAAAUUCGCUCCUACUGCUCUCGCUCCCCGUGCCGAUGGCGGCGACUUCAAUCCAGGCAACUGGGCCGAUGACACUAAAUGGCAAAAGUACCUGGACAAGGGACAUCACUUGACGUGUCUCAUGGACGCCACCGACAGAGGCGCCGGAUGGCUCUCGAAAGAUACAAGACAACCGCCUUCCGCAGCGAGCAAAUGGACCGGCGAGCUCAGAGCUGAGAUUCCAUUGUGGUACUGGCACGAAGGCGAUGUUGACACGGGCUGGGAUGGCGAUUUCGAAGCCAAGGGGCUCAAAACGGCGUUUGAAGGCCACGGUCUCAACUCGCAACCGAAGUUUGACGACGAAGGCGAGCGGCUGGGUGGGGACAAUGAAUGCUUCAAGAUUACACACUAUGACGAAGAACGGGAACCGGACCCACGCCCUCAAUUUGGGGGUAUGAUGGCUUGCAAAGACCAGGAUUAUUACGUUGCGGGCAAAAAAUACUUGUCAACUUGCGGUUACUACGAGUUCACUGUCAACAUCGGCGCAAACGGUGGAGGCAUCAUGGCAACGAACAUCGAGAGUCCAGGCCAUGCUGUUCUUGGUAACAUGGGAUGGGGUCGGCCAGCAAACCCCGGAGAGCUGCCCGAACUUCGUACCGCGUCCGACAUCUUCUGGGGCUAUUGGGUUCGCGACAACCCCAAUAUCAAGAACUUCCGCAUGUACGCCGCUCACCAUGUCAUCAACCCUGAUACCUGUCUUCUAGUCGCUCGGGCCAUGAAGAACAAAGGCAUUAAAAAGUUAUCGCCCUGGCCGGGUGCUGUAUUCCCAAUUGGGACUGAGGAAUACACUGCGCUCAUUGCCUCACCCAUCGGCGCGACAGCAGCAUACUUCCUGGCGACCCACAAAGCCGAACUCGGCAUCAAACGUAUCUCUAAGGUGACCGUUGUGACCAAUGUGAAGUCUCCCAGCAGAAACCGGAGGCUCGCGUUCGAUAUGCACAUCUUCUUCGCCAUUGAAGAUGUACCGCAGGACCAGGUGACAAAGCCUGGUGGAGACGACGCUGCCGUCAAGAGAGAGACAGGACAUAUCGACUCCAAGCUCGUCAGCGUCAGGGAUAACGGAACAAAUUUGAUUCGCUUACAUAGCAUGAUGGCCUAG